AUGGAGGGCUGGCUCACCAAGCGCCGCGACCACAUGAACCUCAUCUGGCUGGAUCGCUACUUCCUGCUGGACGGCAACCAGCUCCGCUACUACCGCAAGCGCGGCGACCCAGCGCCUCGAGGCACCUACAUCCUCACGGACGCGUGCGUGGUGAGCCCCGUGUUCAACUCGGAGGAGAAGCACAAGCACCACGGGCCCGUGUGGAUGUUCCGCAUCACGUUCGCGGUCGGGGACGCCGGCUCGGGCGAGAAGUCGUACAAGAAGGACCGGUUCCUGGACCUGGGCGCCAAGAGCGAGGAUAACGCCAAGGAGUGGAAGCGCGCGCUGGAGAACGCCGUGCGCUCCAUCCGCGAGCUCGUGGCGCACCAGAAGAAGCUCAAGACGGACGCCGAGAUCUUCCCCACGCCCACGCACGUGCCGCGGCUGCUCAAGACGGACGAGGACACGGUGUCGCUCUUCAAUCUGGACGCGGACAACGUCAAGGCCGAGCAGGCCUGGUGGCUGGCCAGGGUGGAGGGAGGCCUGAGGAUCAUGCAGGAGUGCCCGCUCGGACCCAAUGUCGCGGCCAACCUGUACGCGCAGCAUGCGGCGACUACCAAUGGGCUCAUCUUCAGCGCCUGUGUGGGCGCGGCGUUGAGCUUCAGCAGCAUGUACUCGUUCGCCAACAAUAUGCUGCUAAGCUUCAUGACGGCGCUCGUGGCGAUCGCAGUGUGUUGCGCUGCGGUGACGCCUACGCAAGCUCCGGAGAUCCCGAGCUUCCGUGUCUCGCAGGUGGUGCACGGAUCUCCGACCGAGGUGUUUCGACUGAUCAUGAACUCCAAGAGGUUCCAGCGUUGGGACUCGGCCACGGCCACCAUGCGCGUGAUCCAGCAGCUGGACGACCACGCGGAUAUCGUUUACGUGACCCAACGGCCAACCCACCUGUGGCCGCUGUGGCAGAAGGCGCGCGACCUGGUGCUCAUGCGCUACUGGCGCCGCGAGGAAGACGGAUCCUACUUCGUCAUGUACCAGAGCAUCGAGCACCCGGAGUGUCGUGUGCGUCACAACUACGUGCGCGCGAAUCUGCUGGGCGGCGGCUUCGUCAUCGCCCCUCAGCGCGUCCCCAGCGGGUCCAUCCGCACGCUGGUCACGUACGUGCUCCGAUACGACCCGGGCGGCUGGUCGCGCAUUUACCACCAGCUCGGCAUGGACGUGGACCUCGUCAUGCCCAUGCUGCGCAGCGUUGUGGGCAUCCGCGACGAAAUGAGCGCCACGGACUUCGUCACGCCCAACGUCUCGGUGGCUCCUGCUGGAGAGGGCGAGGAAUCGGAGGCUGGCCAGGAGGAGUCAGCGGUUACUCAGCGCACCAGCGUGGACUCCAUGGGAGUUGUCAUGGGCGUGCAGAAGCUUCAGACCAGUCUGCCGGAGAAGAUGUGGGCCGAGCCUGAUGCGUCGCUCUUCAGCGUGCGCGGCCACAACUACCUCAACGACAAGAAGAAGAUCCCGUCGGCGCCGGCAAUGUUCCACACGGUGGGCGUGGAUCUGCUGUCGUUCGAGAGCGUGGCCGAGCGAUACAACAUCUCGUCUCGACCGGACAGCAUCGGCCGCACCAGCUCCAAGUUCACGUUCGUCGUCAACAUGAUCAUCCCGGGCCCGGAGAACGUGUGCAUGGUGUUCUACUUUCAGCCCGUGCGCGACAACGUGUUCGAGGACGGCUCGCCCUUCUCCGAGCUGCUCAACGACUUCUUCGACGGCGACGACCAGUUCCGAAACUCGCGCUUCAAGCUCAUUCCGACGGUCGUCGAGGGAAGCUUCAUCAUCAAGCAGUCGGUCGGCUCCAAGCCCACGCUGCUCGGCAACAAGCUCAAGUGUCCGUACCACCGUGGAGAGAACUACUUCGAGGUGGACAUCGACAUUUCGUCCAACUCGGUGGCCAACACUGUCGUCGGCAUGGUGCAAGGCGUGACUAAGUCGCUGGUGGUGGACAUGGCCUUCCUGCUCGAGGCCCAGACCGACGAAGAGCUGCCGGAAAUUAUCCUGGGCGCCGUUCGGAUGCAACACAUUUCGCUGGACAACCCCCGCCGGAUGCCGAAGCUUUCGCCUUGA